AUGGUCAAGGCAAGAAAGAUUGCAGUGGUUGGGUCACGUUCGGUCGGCAAGCUGUCGAUGACGGUGCGCUUUGUCGAAGACCACUUUGUCGAGUCCUACUAUCCAACCAUCGAAAACCAGUUCUCCAAGGUCAUCAGCUACAAGAACCAAGACUACGCCAUCGAGAUUUUGGAUACAGCAGGUCAAGAUGAAUUUCUGAUCAUGAACGAGAAGCACUUGGUCGGUAUCCAUGGUUACUUGCUAGUGUACCUGGUUACUUCCAGACAGUCGUUCGAGUUGGUGGACGUGAUAAGGGAUAAGAUCCUAAAUUCCAUAGGGGCAGACUCCAUGCCCAUGGUUCUUGUCGGCAACAAAUGCGAUCUAAACUUUCAAAGGCAAGUGGAGACGAAUGAAGGCGAGGCGCUUGCGCGGAAGUACAACUGUGCUUUCUUGGAGACUUCGGUGCGUGAUAAUAUCAACAUAAGCAAGUCGUUCGAGGCAUUGGUUGAUCUGAUUGAAAAGAUCCAGAAUCCCGAAGUGCCCAAGCAAGACAAGUGCGUCAUUGUCUGA